UUACCCUCCCUCACAAUAAAUGCAAUUAAUCCUACAUUAACCGGUAAAAAGCAAAGUACAACUCCUAAUACGGACUAUAAGGUAUAAUCACUCCUCAUAAUACUUAACUUAAAAAAAAAAAGUUUAUAAACUAUUUAGAGCAAGCAACUUUUCCUAGAUAAUUAGACAAACCUUCUAAAAAUCUAUUCAAGGAAAAUAAAAAAGCCCACCCCUCACUCUUAAACCAAGAUUAUUCUCAUUUCUCCAAUUAUUUAAUAAUUUAUUCAAGAUUUAAACAAAUUCACCCCUUUUUAAGAUAAAAUCCCACAUUUCCUUUCCAUCCCUCUCACUCUAACCCUCUUAGCUUCUUCCUUCUCUCUCCUCUCCCCUCUUCCCCCAACAAAAAAAUCCAACUUCUUUUAAUCACUUAAAACAACUUUUAGUUCAGAAAUUAACAAAUUCUAAUUUCUGAAACAAAAAAGAAAAACUGAUGAUGGAAUUCGAGGAAGAGCAUGAAGAGGAAGAGGAGGAAGAAGAAGAAUCAGAAAUGGCGAUAACUCCAACUUUCAAGAAGCAGCACCAGCCAACAGCCACCGUAAGAUACAGAGAAUGCUUGAAAAAUCACGCGAUUGGAAUCGGCGGCCACGCCGUAGACGGAUGCGGUGAGUUCCUCCCUGCCGGCGCUGAAGGCAGCAUCGAUGCGUUCCGGUGCGCAGCAUGUAGCUGCCACCGGAAUUUCCACCGUAAAGAAUACAGUAACUCAAUCGUACCUCCGCAACUUGCGAUGUACGCUUCUCGGCCUCAUCAUCAUCAGCAGCAGCAGCAUCCUCAUCAGGUAUACCAAAUUUAUCCCUAUAGUCGUAACUCAGGUGGGUACCUCCACGUGUCAAGUGGACAACGGCCGCUGGCGUUGCCGUCUCCGACAUCAGGUGGCACCCACAACCACCACCACCACCAGGAGGAGACUGGUGGGGGUGGAGAUCAAGUGAUGGGGAGCGGUGGUGGGAAUGGAAAUGUAACAACACGUGUCGGCGGAGGGGGUACAAUGGAUAUAAGUGGAGGUAGUACGAUGUUGUCCGGAGGAAGUAAUACUAGUUCGGGGAAGAAGAGGUUUAGGACUAAGUUUACACCUGAACAAAAGGAUAAGAUGUUGGGAUUAGCUGAGCAACUUGGUUGGCGGAUUCAAAAGCAAGAUGAAGAAUUAGUGCAUCAAUUUUGCAAUCAAACUGGGAUUAAACGUCAUGUUCUUAAGGUUUGGAUGCAUAAUAACAAACUUACUCUUGGUAAGAAAACCCUAAUUACUACUCCCCCUCCCCUUAAUCUUAACCCUUAUUAUCUUUGCUAUCUUCGUUAGUUGUUGCUGUUGUUGUUGUUACUCGAGCGAGGCGAGGCCGGGCUUUGUUUGUGUCCGGCCUCGCUCGCUCUUGUUCUAGUGGUGUAUGAUUUUAUGAUCACCCAUUUCCUAAAAAAAAGGGAUUGGAGUAGGAAUUUAAGUUAAUUAGUUGUUUUAGAUGCUAGCUAGCUGGUAAUGUAGCUAGGUUUGUAUUGUGUAAUAUUUUGUUGUGUUUUUUUUUAAUGAAGUACUAGUGAUCUAAUCUUUGUUCUUAA